AUGUUAAAGGAUCUUCUUAUCGUAUGUUUUGGGCAGCCACAAUGCGCUACUGUGCCCCUUGCGUUUUGCACAGUAGCUCCUGUCUUCACCUGGUUGGCUGUACCCGGGAUACCCACGCGUCGGCGUGCGAUAAGACUUACUCCAUGGGCGGAGCUUACCAGCUUCACCCCCAAGUCCUAUAAAGAUGGGUCGCGUUCCGCACGGGACAUUAUUCUUGAAUCUGUCACCAGAACCUAUUUUCGUUGUUUAACCCUGCAAGUUCACACGCGACACUCACAUGCUAGAACGAGCCGGCAGUCCGACAUGGAGAUAGCUUCAGCAAGGCCCAUGGAGAGGUUUUCUCAUAACCAGGCUUUUGACAACUCUUACAACUUUGGAUCCGCUGGAACUUUACUGCAAUUCACAACAGGAACUGGAGCCGACAGGCCAUCAUGCAUGUUCUCUUUCGACAAUUUGAACCAUGCUUCCUUAUCAAGCACCUCAGCAACGUUGAAGUCACCAAAACUGCUGAAGGAAAACACAAUCUCGUUGAGCAGUUUUACUUGCAAACGAAAACUGGACUUUAACCAUUUGACUCUUGCCAACAGUAUCCAGUUGCAUAAUGAAAAUGUGAAUAACAAUAAUAAUUUGAACAGUAUUAACAACAACAACAAUAACAACAGCAGCCAAAUCGAUGCCAAUUACAGUUCCAGAUCAGUGGAAAAGAGCUCACAGCUACAGCAAUCCAAUUCCAGUCCAUCCAUGCGUCAACGUCACCACCAGCAACAACAAAACUCUCAUCGACGAAACGGUCAGCAUCAAAAUCAGGUCAAGCCCGUGUUUACAGCCGUACAGCGACGCAACGAACGAGAGAGGAACCGAGUUAAGCUGAUUAAUAUGACGUUUGCCACUUUACGUGAGCAUCUUCCAAGCGGCACGAAGGGAAACCGGUCUAAAAAAAUGAGCAAAGUGGAAACACUAAAGGCUGCCAUCGAGUACAUCCGAUAUUUGCGACAACUUGUUGACGAACAUGACGCUGUGAAUGCAGUGUUGGACAGUAGCGUGCUGACGCCAGUCCUGACGUCCGCCAACGUACUGACGUCCUCCAGUCUCUCUCCAGCGACAUCAAUGAGUUCGCCAAACCCAAGUUCCUGUUCGGACUCUUCCUGCGAGGGCAUCAGUGUCGAUGAAGACGACUUGUUAGACUUCUCCAAUUGGUUUUAAAGACGCCUGAAGCUAGUUGAGCAGUUCAAAGUUCUUAAGAGGCCCGCUUUUCUGCUGUUUCGGAUGAGUGCUCAAGUAACACACGGGAAGGCGAGACAAGUCAACUUACAGAGGUCUAUAGCCCGAUAGGCGUGUCAUGCAGCUAGUGAAAUCUACCCAGAAGAAUCAGUGCUCAAAACUAUCUAAGUCCCAUGUCUAUAAUGAUGACUUCAGCGAUACAUUCCGCCCAGUCUGUUAGAAAAAAUAAAGAAUUUUCACCCGGUCACGACAUAAUGUAUAUAUUUAUACGUGUUUCUCCAUGUUUUGAAAUUUUAUGAAGCAAGUAUUUUUCUACGGUUAUAUAUGCUGGAAGUGUUUGUCAUGUCAUAUCAAUAUUUCAAGAGAGUUAUGCAUUUAAUGUAUU